AUGGCAAUGUCUGGAGACAGAACAUCCUUUGUUCCUCCCCACCGUGGAGAUAACGUGCUUCCGAAUACACCACUUUUCCAUAGACUUUUACGACUGGCCAGCCGCUCCCCUCCCCCAAUUGCGAUACGGGACAUCCGUGGUGGCAUAGAGAAAACCUACCUGCAGCUACUGUCGGAUGUGUUGAGUGUACGCAAAGGACUGCUUGAAUUACUGGAUGUCAAGAUCCGGCACCAACUUGAGGAAGACACUGAAACAUACAUCGCCCUCAUAGCGCCUGGAUCCUACGCGUACACAGUUGGGUUCUUUGCGAUCUUAGCCGCUGGCGCAGCCGUGGUUCCAAUUGCCGUGAAGUUACCAGCGGCGGAAACAUCCUACUACCUACGCAAGGCGAGAUGUGUUGCCAUUCUGGCAUCGAAUGAUACCUCGAACCUGGCCUCGCCAACGGCUAAAAUUCCCCUCCCUGGACCCGAGUCUCAAAUUCCGCAGCUGUCGAUCACCACAAGGCUAAAUUCGUCCGAUUUCAUCACCCAGGAUAUCGUGCUCUCUGCAGGCCAAUUUUCAAAUCCCAACCAAGCAGGCUUGGUCAUUUUCACUUCUGGUACUACGGGUCCCCCAAAGGGCGUGGUCCAGCGACGUGGUCAGCUCUUGGAGAACGCAGAAUUGGUAGCAGAUCAUUAUCGAAUCACUGAUCAAGAUGUGGUGCAGCACAUGCUCCCUGUCCACCACGCUACCGGUAUCGGCAUUACUCAGCUUCCGUUUCUGGUCUCUGGCGCAUGUGUUGAGUUCCGCAGCAGUAGUUUCGAUGCCGCUUGGACAUGGGAGCGAUGGCGUCAAGGCGGCCUUACAGUAUUCUCCGGCGUCCCCACGUUAUACUCACGACUAAAGCAGCAUUUCGAAGAUGUAAUUGCCCUCCUACCUCCCCAGGAGCAAGCGAGCUAUAUCCAGGGGGCACGAAAGCUCCGUAUCCUCCUCUGUGGGACGUCUGCACUACCCGGUCCCGUGCAGCAAUUUUGGACGGAACUAAUGGGUGGAAGGCCUGUUCUGACUCGGUAUGGUGCAACUGAAAUCGGGUCAAUCUUCAAGGUGGAUCUUAAUCCGGUGGGUACACCCGCAAAUAGUGUCGGGCGGCUCGAGCCUGGUGUAUCAGCCAAGAUCUCUGGCGAGGGCCUCUUGAUGGUGAAAGGGCCAUACAUGUUCUCCAAAUACCUCUUCGACGAAAAAGAAACGGCCACCUCACAUGAUCCUGAGGGCUUCUUCCAAACCGGGGACGUGGUCCGAAAGGAGGGCCCAUACUACACGAUUUUAGGUCGUGCAUCGGUGGAUAUUAUCAAGUCUGGUGGCUACAAAAUAUCUGCCCUCGACAUCGAGCGAGAGAUACUGGGUUUAGAGUAUAUCUCCGAGGUAAUGGUAGUGGGGGUUCCAGAUGAGGAAUUUGGAGAGAGGGUGGCUGCUGUCGUCUGCCUAUCCGCCAAGCACCGCGACAAGAGACUGACCUUGGAUACAUUGCGGGCCGAUCUUCGCAGUCAUUUGGCAGGGUACAAGAUGCCAACGCUGUUGCGUAUCCUCAGCGAAGAGCUCCCCAAAUCGGCCACGGGCAAGGUGCAAAAGAAGAUUCUAGGGCCACGGUUCUUUCACAAGGACUAUCACAGUGAUCCGGAGGUCCAAAUGUGGAGAAAGAGCUCGAGGGCCCGGAUUUAA